UUUGUCCAUGCCCUUCCACGUGGUAAGGAAGGAUGUCAUCAGUGAAUAACGAAACUCAUUCCAGUGUAUUUCUCAAACUAGAGGAGCGAUGUUUGAAGGUACUGGGAGGAGAAAGAGAAGAUGGUGACACUCUACAGUGUCUGGUUGAUCUUAAGGACUCUCUAUUAUCAGUUCCGAUCAAGGAGAGAGAAUCAAUCUCUACAACCUCUCUACUGGGUUCAGGCCUGCCUUACCUAAAUCACGUGAUCAACACCGAGCAAUCACGUGACUUGGAUUUGGCUUUGUGCGAGUAUCUCUCCUUACUCUCGUCUCAGAGCGAUGUUCAGCAUAAGACUCUAUUUAAUGCCCUUUUUGACCUCUACACCAACGAAGACCUUUCCACCAUGUCAAAGACGCAUGUUCUAAUGAUAAUUAAUUAUUUAUUAAUGGAGAAAGAGGCGUGUGCAUCAUCUCACCUAAAACAGGAUUUACUGACUCGUGUUCUCUUGCUACUUGUGGCCACACCCACCAAUCAAUCAUUCCUUUUAUCAAGUCUCGUGUUACCUUGUCUGUUACUGAGUGACGCUACUACUAAAGAGGCGUGGCAGUUUGUCGAAAAGGUGUGGCUACGUGAAACGAAUGUUGAGAGUCGCUCCAUAGACCUAUGCUUGACACUUUUGUGUUGCCUCGUUCAUGUUUUUAUACCUGGGAGGGCCCCCUUGACUCCAAAUAUUAGAUCCCCACCGGUUCUGGUUCAUGACGUAAGACACUAUAAGAUAUUUUGGGACAUCAUUCAAUCUGGACUAGUUGAUGAAGAUCCUUUGAAUAGGAAGAGAUGUCAGUUUUUAAUGGACGCCGUUCUAGAAGAAUCUGUUGGAAAAGAGAGAGGAGUAACUAGUGAAGGAGGCGUGUUCUGGUGGAACGGGGACAAAGAGAAAGAGUUGAGGGAAAUUUGGAGCAACUUGAUGCUAUUACUGGAAACGCUAGAAGAGAAACAAGUCCAUAUAGUCAAUCCGGUAUUGAAUCGGCUACCAAGUCUUGUCUCAGCCACUAGGACACUUGUUGAUGGUCUUCACAUGCUUCACGUCUCGUGGCUAAUGACAGUCUUUAAGAGGGUCCUCUCUCAUGAUGCAAAGUCCAUUGUUAGGAGAGGAGUCAGGGAAUUAUUAGGAAUCGAACUAAGCAAUUCUCCAUUUCUCUUGAAGGAAAACUGGAAAGUAAUACUGGAUCCAUUGCUAACUGCUUUUGGGAACAGUUAUGUAUUUGCAAGGGAAAGUCAUUCUAAUGCUGCUGCUGUGUGCCCUCCACUGGUUGAAGAAUUGGGUUCAUUUUUGAGCAGAUUUAUCUCCAAAUUAGGAGAAGAAGAGAAAUACAAUUUCUUUUCUUUCUUCCUCUCUUGUUGUUUAUCGAAAGAAUUGCCCGAUAUACCAACAGUGUAUGUCAUGUACUCUCUCACGCUCCUUCCUCCUUCAUUUAAGGCUCCAUUGAUAGGCACCUCCUCUAUAGAGACAAUAAGGUCUCUGGUAGUCAAUACUUCAUUGAUCCACAGGAUAGUACAGAGAUCCGCCACACAAUCUUUCAUACUGGCCGCUUUCUGCAAAUAUUGCAGUCAAGAAUUUAGUUUUUCAGAUGUAUUUCAGACACUGGGCUGCUUCAGUAGUACCGAGUGUCUCUUGUAUGGGUCUCAGUCUUGGGCCAUGGCUUCCAAGCUAAUAUCAAGGAUAGCAAGAGGCCAGGAUAAUUCAGGGUCUUUGUAUGUGUUUUUAAAAACCUGUAUAGGGUCCCUUGUCAAAGAUUCCACUAGUACUCAGACCCAGUAUAGUCUCUCAACUUGGCUUAGUCCGGGGAGUGUUGCUAGAGCAGUUUUAUUGUCAGCUGAUGGUCACGUGACUUGUGAUAAUAAGCUCUUAGUUGCUGAAAAUUCUGGUCCUGAUGACGUUCUGACUGAUCUCCUCUCUCCUUCCCUUGAAGCAAUAUCCAGUGCAAGAACAAGAGUGUACAUGCCAGUGGAGGUUGUAAUGUCUUCGGUUAAAUUAUUAUCGACUCUACUUGACAAUAUAAUAACUGGACAGUCCACAUUUAACAUGAAUGUCAAAGAAGGAGCCUCCAGGCUUGUCUAUAAGGCUCUAUUGCCAUGGCUGCCAGAGAUUCUCUCUUACUUUCAGGACGUUUUACUUGCCGGACUCCACAUUUCCUCAUCAGGUCCUAUUGCUUCUCUCUUAGAUCUCGUCCAGUUAUUCUCUACUGCCAGUCGCUGCCUUUACAAAUUUAUUGGUAUGUGCAGCUGGACCAGUGACAAUAAUGGGAGGGGUCUGUCUUGCACUGGAUUCACUGAUAAAGCAGUUCAUGUGUUGCUGGAUAUAGUUGAGAAGAAUCAGGUGAUAGAGUUUACAGUUCCUCUAUUAGGAGCAGUUUCUGUACUGGAAUGGGUUUGUAAUCAUGGGAAUGAGAAUCCUUCACUAAUGCCCACUGAACAGUAUCACGCAAUGAUAAGAAAGCUAUAUAAUCUCCCAGUUACUAUUACAUUAAUUAGACCAGUCCAGCAUGCCCCAGGUCAAGAAUACGGUCGCUGUAUUGCCUCCUGUCUCUCCUCUUAUUGGUCCAUACUCCACAAUGUCACACUCUUCAAGUGUCACGAUACCAUGAAGACCCAGUUACCACUAACGGAUCAUGUGACUAUUGGAUCACGUGACGUUGAACUAAUUGCGAAAUCUUGCACCGAACAUUUUGAUGUUUUGGGUAGCGACAUGGCAUGGCCUCUUGGCUGUCUAGCAACACUUGUCCCACAAAUUGUUGAUACAGUAGGUGUGGCUUAUCUACUUCCAAUCAUUGAGAUGGCAUGGCCUCUUGUUCUAGAGUUGAAGGAGCACUUGUUCCCUUUGUUGAAGUCAUUGAGAGCCUUUGUUCAGUUUACGUAUCAUCAGAGGCUCAUGGAAGCAUCAGAUCCUGACCUUAUACAGCUGCAAAUAAAGUAUGCCAAUGAGAUAUUUGCUGUAUCAGAAGUAAAGACAGGCGUGUGCAACGUAUUGGCUGAGCAUCUCUGCACUGUUUUUAAAACCAUCAAUACUGUUGCUAACACUGAUACCAAUCAGACUGAUAUUGAUUCAAAUGAUAUUGAUUUUACUGAUAUUGAUUCCACUGAUAUUGAUUCUACCAAUAUCAAUGCUAGGCUGGCGGAGAGGGCUCAGAUCAUUACGUACAUGUGUGGCUUUGGGCCAAUCUUUAAGAAGAACCUAAGAGUUAUCCUUGAUGUCAAUCAAUUUGUAAUGUCACUAGGUGAAUCUUGCUCUACUAACAGUUUGAAAUUGAGGGAGGCUGAAAGUGAUAUGAUGGUUAGAGUUAGAGUAAUGAAUAUGCUUUUAGAAGUAUCGUCAUAUUCAACUGCUAAUACGCCAAGCAUUGUAUCAAUUGUUAUUAGGAAUAUCGUUAAUGAAUUAAAAGAGCUGAGCAUUUCAAAGCCUCAUUAUUAUAUAAACUCAUACUCUCACCGGUACAGGCUAAGACUAGUACAAACUUUACUAGUACUGUACAAGUCAAUCAAUAAAGCAGUGGUUAAGAGUGUUAUCAUGGAAAUGUUGGAUUGUCUGGAGAUUGAUAAUCAGCUCUCGGUCCGAUAUGCUAUGGAGUGGUUGGUUGUUAUGCUAAUGUCCCAGUUUCCUUUUUCUUGGAAGGAAUUACUCCUCCCUCAUCUACAGAUGAACACUGGUAGAAGAUUGAGCAGAUUUUGUUCGAUAUUUACAAUCACCGUACAACUUGGGAAGUGUUUGACAUCAACUGCUGAGAAAGUUGAGUAUUAUUCUUUGGUCCUUCCGAUAGUGUUCCAAUGGUCUUUGUGCCAUCAUUUCAUUGUCAGGCUAUACGCUGCAGGCUCUGUCAUUCAACUUUAUGAACAGUCAUUGUCGCUUCUUCCUGAUAUCCCUUCACUCUCUUUCAUUCAUCAAUUCAUUCCUUUCAUCAAACAGUACAGCGAUACUGGCAAGUCUAGGAAGCUAGAGAGUAAUGUGUUUUUCUCGCUAAUGCAUCCACAAAAUGACUUUAAUUUACAAGUCAUAUUCCAUACCCUACCUGCACUAACUAGUGUGAUGGAGGAAGAAUUGAUACCUUUUAAGCUAUUUGUCUCUUCCUCUUGUAUUUGGUCUCAGCUCAACCCUCCCUUUCCCACUACUUGUACUAAUGCUGCCAUUAUUGAUGCAGCAGCAAGCCUUCUUGGUCAUUCUUCCAUUGAUGAAGACUGUGAGAUCAUUGAUAGACCCAACACACAACAAAAAGAUGAGGAUUCUGGCAGUGACAUACAGCGUAAGAUUACACCAUGGAAUAGCUCAACUGUCACUCUCUACAGUGAACUCUUUCCAUCUUCAUCAGUUCCACCUUCUCUACUGCCUUCAGUGCAGGACGAGAAGAAGAAGAAGGACAAUGGAUUAGUAUUAGUUGCUUCUUUGAUUAACAAGCAGCCUAAUCUUGGAGGUCUCUGUAGAACUUGUGAGAUAUUUGGUGUUGCUGAGCUAGUGUUGGGAAGCACUGCUGUGCUGGAAGAGAAAGAGUUUAAAUCACUGAGUGUGACUGCAGAGAAAUGGCUAAAGAUAUCACAAGUAAAGCCAUCAGAGCUGUCCACCUACUUGCUGAGCAUGAGAAGGAAAGGUUAUACAUUAGUUGGUGUCGAGCAAACAGCUCACAGCAAACAAAUAAAUAAUUACCAGAUUCCAGUGAAGACAGUCUUGUUGUUGGGUAAUGAACGUGAAGGUAUACCUGUGGAGUUAAUACAUUCACUAGAUGAAUGUGUAGAGAUACCACAGUUUGGAGUCAUUAGGUCACUCAAUGUUCAUGUUAGUGGAGCCAUUGUUGUAUGGGAGUACACCAAACAACACUCUCAAUUAUGAGUCAUACUUGGACAGAACAAAUAUAUUUAUUUGAUUGUAAUGUAUCUGCUCUUUGAACUUCACUUUGAACUCUCUCAUGCCUUGAGUUUGUCUAAAGAGUAAACUUUGUCGUCAUCUUCUAAUAAUUAUUUUUUAAUAUUAAAUUUUUGGUUCAUGCCUUGACACGCUUUACUCAAGCAUGCAUUAUGCUAACUAAUUAAUGUAUAUGGUAUUCUAUUUUUGCAGGAGUAUUGCUUUAUUAUUUACAAGUUGUAUAACAUUUUUGGAUGAUUUUAUAACGUUAAUACAA